UGCGUUACGUAUCAACCACCCAUCACAUCUUCUGGUCUUUUCUCAAAAUCUCACUUCCUAAUGAUUCAUCAAACUAUUUACAAUGUGUCAAUUGCAUUGUGUCUUUGCACUCUUUUCGCGUUUGUUUUUUCUGAUAGCCCAGAAGCAAUGAGAGAUCUCGUUACGGAUUUGCCUGGUCAAUCUGGUGUGAGCUUCAGACAUUACGCCGGCUAUGUCCCGGUUGAUAAAAAACAUGGAAGGGCUAUGUUUUAUUGGUUUUUCGAAGCUAUGAGUCUUCCAAACCAGAAGCCUUUAGUACUGUGGCUUAAUGGAGGGCCUGGAUGUUCUUCUGUGGGAUACGGAGCAACGCAAGAGAUUGGUCCAUUUCUUGUGGAUAACAAAGGAAACAGUCUUCAAUUUAAUCCCUAUGCAUGGAAUCAUGAGGCCAACAUUCUGUUUCUAGAAUCCCCUGUUGGUGUCGGGUUUUCGUAUUCAAACACAAGUAGUGACUAUAAAAAGAUCGGCGAUGAAUUUACAGCGAGAGACGCAUACUCCUUUAUUCAAAAGUGGUUGGAGAGGUUCCCAGCUUACAGAGAAAACGAUUUCUAUAUAGCUGGCGAGAGCUAUGCAGGAAAGUAUAUACCGGAGCUUGCAGAGGUCGUUUAUGACAAUAACAAUAGAAAUUCCUCACUUCAUAUCAAGCUUAAAGGCAUUCUGCUUGGAAAUCCUGAAACAUCGGAAGCCGAAGAUUGGGAUGGAUGGGUGGAUUAUGCAUGGAGCCAUGCAGUAAUAGCAGACGAGAUGUAUGGAGUCAUAAAAAGAAAUUGCAAUUUCAGUAGUAACACUACUUGGGAUGUUAAAGAAUGCAAAGACAACGUAGACGAAGUAAUCAAACAAUAUCACAAAAUUGAUCAAUACAGUCUCUAUACUCCUACCUGUAAUGGAAAUUCAACGCCUAGUUCAUCCCUUGAUUCGACGAGAAUCAGGACUAAUCUUCGCAAUUCCAAAAUGAUGCCGAGGAUGAUGGGCGGAUACGACCCGUGUUUGGAUGAUUAUACGAGAGUAUUCUACAACAGAGCAGAUGUCCAGAAAGCUCUUCAUGCAAGUGAUGGUAUUCAUCUAAAGAAUUGGAGCAUUUGCAACGAUGAUAUUUUUGAUAAUUGGACGGAUUCAAAGCCCUCAGUUUUGCCAAUAUAUAAGAAAUUAAUCGCGGGAGGAUUUAGAAUAUGGGUUUACAGCGGCGACACAGAUGGAAGAGUUCCCGUACUCGGGACAAGGUACUGCAUAAACAAGUUGGCAUUACCCAUUAAGACGUCGUGGAGGCCAUGGUACCACGAGAAACAGGUUAGUGGAUGGCUUCAAGAAUACGAAGGUUUAACUUUUGGAACCUUCAAAGGAGCAGGACAUGAUGUGCCUUCCUUCAAACCCAGCGAGUCGCUUGCGUUUUUCUCCGCCUUUCUCAAAGGAGUUCUUCCUGCUUUAUCGCCGUAAUAGAGAGAAAACAACUGUAUUGAAGAUUACAAUAAUAAGCUAAUUAAUAAUAUAUUUUUAAUAUAUUUUUAAUA